AUGUCCACUGAAUUCAGACAUGACCGGGGUCUUGCGAAACGCGUCUCCAAAAUCCAUGGCGUAAACCCCGUGUUUCUCAUUGAAAAGAUCUCGCGAGAGCGUAUCCUUGACUCCUUCUACUGGAAACGAGACUGUUUCGGACUCAACACCGCCACCUUACUCGACCGUGCAGUCGCCUUGCAACACAUUGGGGGCUACGACGAACUGCAAAGACCCACACCCUUUAUCUGCCUCGGGUUAAAGAUGCUACAGUUGCAACCAGCCCCGGAAAUCAUCACGUAUUUGCUCCACCAGCGUGACUUCAAAUACUUAACCUGUCUAGCCGCGUUCUACAUCCGCCUAACGCUAGAUUCCGCUGGAGUAUACAGGACGCUUGAGCCGUUGUAUGCCGACUAUCGCAAAAUUAGAUACAAGAAAGGAAGCACCAUGGUGUUGAGCCACAUUGACGAGUUUAUCGACGAGUUGCUUACCAGCGAGCGGAGCUGCGACAUGAUUCUUCCGCGGAUGGUGGGACGGUUGUACCUAGAGGAUCAAGAAUUGUUGGAGCCGCGAAAAAGUGAAAUCGACAGCGAUUUGGAAAGCGACGAGAGCGAAAGUGGGAGUGACUAG